AUGGAUUCGGAAGACGGAGAACUAUUCAUAAAGCAACUCGCUGGCUUCGUGCGGACUCACGAAAAGGCACUGGCCAACGCUCUCCAGUUCCAGCGCCGCGAAGUCCGACACAAGUCGUCGCAGAGCACCAGCGCCGCUACUAUCACCCAAGCCUCCACUACCCUCCCCGAACGACCCGCUACCUCCUCCUCGACCUCGAGUUCUCUCGCUGCCGCCUUAUCUCUUGGCACCCUCAGCUUUACCUCACAUAAUGUCAAGUCCGCCAAGUUGGCGCUUACGCCCCACCACCUUUUCUACCUCCUCUCCCGAUUCGAAGAGCUGGGCAUCAACGUUGGCCCCAUGAAAGUCCGCCUCGAGAACCUACACGACAGUUCCUCAUCAGCCAACUAUGUCUCCUUCCUCAGCAACACCCAGCGAUCGAGGAGCAAGGGCUCCGAUAUCGAUUCUAUACACUCGGUAUCGAGCAUCCGAAGCGUCAUGUCAGGCAUGUCUGCUUUGUGGGCCAGCUUCGGCAUUGGUGCUAGCAUCUCAGCCGCACGAACCGAGCGCCAGAAGGCUGCUCUUCAGGCAGACAUGAAGUACCUCUAUUCAGCGUUUACGAAGAUUCCCUGUCUGAAACUGGCGCCUGAUUGGCGUGCGCGCCUCAUCCGUGGCUACGAAGAGUUCCCAUUUGACUCGGCGGUCCCUCUCUACGCCUUCAAGAACCUCCAGGCUCUUGAGGUUAGCAGCAUCGACUUCCGACAGUUCUUCGGCUGGGAUCGCUUGGCCGAUCAGUUGCGGUCGCUCACUCUGAAGCGCGCUGGCAUCGAAGACCCUGCCGACAUCUUGAUCGACAUCGUCCUGGAUGACAUGGACAAGAGACGACGACGGACGUCCAAGUCUCAGUCAUCGCCGACGAACGCGUGGCCAGGCAGCAGCAGCCCGCGGAGAAGUGGUCACCCGGAGCUACAUCGAGCAGCCUCUGCGCCCAGCUCCCCUGACCCUCGUGUCUCUGGCGAGCUCCACAUCGGCUCCAUGAGCCCUAACGAGCAUGCUGUUGAAGACAGCAGCAGGCGGACAUCCCUUGGAAGAGAUGAUGUCGAUGACCUGCCCAGCUCGCCGAAGAAGGGUGGUCGUCCUCGCAGCAACUCGCCUUCGCGACCUGCCAGCUCUCGGACGCAAUCUCAUCCUGUCCGUGGCCACCAUCGCAUGAGGCGGUCGGGAUCCGGAAGUUCGAACUCCAGCCUCUCCGACUCAUGGACUCACCAUCACGCCCGUGGAAGUUCAGGAAAUCUCCUGGCCAUGGGCAUCCUCCCUGCUUCCAAGUGGCGCUUCUUGAGACACCUCAGCUUGGCGGACAACUCGAUGCACUCGAUCUCCCAAGCCAGCCUUGCCCCCCUCUCUAAUACUCUCUACUCUCUUGACCUCUCCUCCAACCUCUUCAGCCAGAUCCCAGACAGCCUGGCUACCCUCACUGCGCUCCGUGCUCUAAACCUGUCGCAUUGCAUGAUCGACUCUCUCCAGUCUCUGACUCGCAACCCCCUUCCUGCCAUCACCGCGCUCAACCUCCGGGCCAACAGGCUGCAGUGCCUUGCUGGCAUUGAGAAAUUGUUCCCGCUGGAGCGCCUGGACUUGCGAGACAACCGCCUGGUUGAUCCUAUGGAGCUUGCGAGAUUGACCGGUAUCCCCGAAAUCCGUGAGAUCUAUGUUGAGGGCAAUCCCUUUACUCGCACUCACAAGGAUUACCGUGUGACCAUUUUCAACCUCUUUCGCAAGACCUCUGGAUAUACCGAGGAUGUGAUCAUUGAUGGCAGCGGCCCUAGCUAUGCCGAGAGGCGGCAGCUUGUGGAUCGCCCUCCCAUUCCUGAUUCCGUCCCAGUCGUGAAGCCAAAAGCCCCUGAAGUUCCAACUGUCGAUGUGAGCAAGCCUGCCAUCGUCUACAACACUCCUAGGGAACCUACUGUGCUCCGUAAGGAGAGACCAACUCCCAAGGCAGUCAUGAGCGAGACCAACACUACUUCCACUCGCCGUCGCAAGACCCCCAAGCGACGUAUCGUCGACCUGGCCACCAACGACACACUCCCCUCGCCCUCACCCGUGGAUUUGCGUACUAGCAGGCCAGUUCUGAAACCCGCCAAAAUCCCCAUCACCACUGACGGCAACUACCGCAUCUCUCAACAACCCGAGACUAAGCUACUACCACCUGUAGUUCUGUCAACCAACUCCAGCAGUGGCUUCUCUAGCUCCAGCGGUGGCUUCUCCAGCUCCCCCGAAGUCCCUCGGAUCGACACCAGUGUUGUUCCCAACAUCUCGUCAGUCUAUGCAUCGAACGAUGCCCAGGACUGGGAUGCUAGUGGAGAGAUCUACCGGCAAAAAAUUGAAGCCUUGCGGGACAAGGUCGGAAACGGUUAUCUCUCUGUUUUGAGUGAGGAGAGCUGGGCCCCUAACGGCCCACCAGACUUUGCUCCGUCUGGGCUCGCAUCCCCAGCCGCUCUCCGGGCAGCUCACACUCCCCAUCACAUGCCACCUGCUCAGGCUAUUCACAGUGGCCGAACACUCGGUUAA